AGCAUGACCAAGAUCCCCGAGUUUUUCUCCGGGAAGAAUGUCUUCAUCACCGGCAUCUCCGGUUUCGUUGGCAAGGUGCUCGUGGAGAAACUGCUACGAUCAUGCCCUGAAGUAAAAACAAUAUACGUCCUGGUCCGGGAAAAGAAGGGUGUGAAUGGCCAGAAACGGAUGGAAAAUAUCCUCAAUGCGAAACUGUUCGAAAACCUCCAUACCAGUGAUCCCGAAUGCUUCGCGAAAGUCAAAGUGAUAUCCGGCGACCUCUUGAACCGUAGAAUCAUCGCGAACGACGCGGAUUUGCAAGUGCUUCGGGAGACAGUCAAUGUCGUGAUCCAUUCAGCAGCUUCGGUGCGCUUUUCGGAACCGCUCCGGAACAGCCUCGAGAUCAAUGUCAGAGCCACGUACGAGGUACUCGAAUUGGCGAAAACGAUGCCUCAUCUGGAAUCCUUCGUACAUGUAUCAACGGCUUACUCGAAUUGCCAGAUGCGGGAAGUCAAAGAGAAAAUCUACAAAUGCGAGGUGGAUCCCGUGAACAUGUUGUCGAUGAGCGAGUGGAUGACGGAAGAGCUCAUGGAGCAUAUCACUCCGAAGCUUCUCAAGGAUCGGCCGAACACUUACACGUUCACGAAAGCGUUGGCUGAGAACUUGGUUGAGCUGUACUCUGAGUGCCUACCGAUAGCCAUCGUCAGGCCUUCGAUCAUCACCGGGGCCGCUUUCGAACCUUCACCGGGUUGGGUAGACAACUACAAUGGCCCCAACGGACUCCUCAUCGCACUCGGCACUGGAGCCCUCACGACGCUCUACAGUAAACUCGACUGCACGGCCGAUCUGAUACCCGUCGAUUUUGUGGCGAACACAAUUCUAGCGGCCGCAAAACACGCCAGGGACGGAUUCAAAAUCUACAAUUGCACCUCGGGCUCACAGAACCCAAUAAAAUGGCGAACUUUCAUGGAAGAAUCCGUCGAUUUCCCGCACAAGUACCCCACCACCUCGAUAAUUCGUUACCCGGAGCCGAGAAUUACAUCGCACAAGAGAUUGCACCAAAUUCGCCUCUUCCUUCAGCACUACGUGCCGGCUCAGGUCAUCGAUGCCGGCUUGCGCUUGGCGCGGAGGAAACCGAUGGCCUCGAAACUCUACCAACGGCUGUCGAUGUCGAUGGACCUCCUGGAAUUUUUCGCGACGAACGAGUGGGUUUUCGAGAACUCGAAUACCCAAAAGCUUUUCGCGGGCUUACAUAACGACGACAAACACGAAUUCAAUUUCGACGUGCGAACCAUUCAUUGGCCGUCGUACGUUCACACCUAUUGUGCAGGAAUCCGCCAGUUCCUUCUCAAGGGUGACGCUGGAAACCUAGAGCAGGCGAGGGCUCAUGUCAGACGUCUCAAAAUCGUCAAAUAUGCUUAUGAUAUAUGCGGCAACCUUCUGUUGUCAUGGGGUAUAUGGAAGGCGGGCUGCGCCCUGCUGCCUUGUGCAGACGCGAGCGGAUUCUGCUGA